AGAAGCGCCAGCAGAUCGGAGUGCAGCGCGAGGCGGUCAAACCGCUGUCUGUCAUAACCCGAGAGUGUGACUGAGGGAAGAGAAGGAGACGGAGGGUGGAGUGAGCGGCCCUGGUGAACAGAUAUACCGACCUGACAGCACGGAGGGAGAAGAAGAGUAAGAGGAAGAAGAGUAUAAACCCCGAAAGAAGAAGAAGACGGUGGGAGACUGACAGGCGUCACAGAGAGUCUAGCCAAAGCAGUCGACAUGAGCGGUCAGUUUGAGGAAGAUAUCCACGACCGGGGCGAGAGGAAGAGCAGCAAAUCCCCGACACUGCUCUCCUCUUACUGCAUAGACAGCAUUUUAGGCCGCCGAAGUCCCUGUAAGGUCAGACUGAUAGGGGCUCAAAGUUUAACGGGUCUGCCCAGCAGAGGGGAGCUUGACAAGACGGUGGAUGGGCCAACAAAAGAGUCCAUUUCUCUCAGUGCUGACAUGCACCUGCCUCCCAAGCUCCGUCGGCUGUACGGACCCGGGGGGAAGUAUCUUCAGGAACAUGCGGAGAAACUGGACAGGGGGAGACUCCUCCUGGAGCAAGCCAGCGACGGCCUGAAAAUAAGCCAGGCGCCACAGGUGAGCAUUAGCCGCAGCAAGUCCUACCGGGAAAACGCUUCGCUAAGCCGGGGAGAGGGCGAUCAGAGUCCCGAGGAUGCCUCGGAAGACGGCAGUCUCGGACUGGUAGAGCUUGGCCCGCUGAAGUUUGAGGAGGACGCGGGGAAGGAGGAGGAAAACUGCGUUGGAGACGCCGUCGCGCUAUCCCCGAAGGACGAGGAGAGGGAAAGCUUGAACGCCGGGGAUGGGGACGUGAGGGACGGGGAGGACAGCGUGUGUCUGUCGGCGGGCAGUGAUUCGGAGGAAGGGAUGCUGAAACGGAAGCAAAGAAGAUACAGGACUACCUUCACCAGUUACCAGCUGGAGGAGCUGGAGAGGGCUUUCCAGAAGACACACUACCCCGACGUGUUCACCAGAGAGGAGCUUGCAAUGCGUCUGGAUCUCACCGAGGCCCGCGUUCAAGUGUGGUUUCAGAACCGCAGGGCCAAAUGGAGGAAGCGUGAGAAGGCCGGGGUGCAGGCACACCCAUCAGGCCUGCCAUUUCCAGGCCCACUUGCAGCUGGCCACCCUCUUAGCCACUACCUGGAAGGAGGACCCUUCCCUCCUCAUCCGCACCCUGCCUUGGAGUCUGCCUGGACGGCUGCAGCAGCAGCAGCCGCAGCCUUCCCUGGCCUGGCACCACCACCUCAUAACGGCUCUGCCCCACCUUUGGCUACCCCACUGGGGCUGGGAACUUUCCUGGGAACAGCUGCCAUGUUCCGCCACCCUGCUUUCAUUGGACCCACUUUUGGCAGGCUCUUCUCCAGUAUGGGUCCAUUGACCAGUGCUUCCACCGCUGCAGCUCUCCUUCGUCAGCCUGCAACCCCCGUAGAGAACCCCUCCCAUCCAAGCUCUGUCCUCCCUGACCCUUCCUCUUCUUCCUCCUCCUCAUCCUCUUCAGCAGCAGCAGACCGCAGGGCCUCCAGCAUCGCUGCACUGCGCCUCAAGGCGAAGGAACACUCGGCUCAGCUCACCCAGCUUAACAUCCUGCCUGCUGGAGCUGCAGGGAAGGAGGUGUGCUGAACACUCAACACCCGUUCUAGGCCUCCGUGUCCCGGGCUUACGUCCCAUUCCAUGACACCCCAAUCCCAUAAAAAAAAAACAAACAAAAAAAAAAAAAGACCCACUCAUACCUCUGGAGGCUGAUGUCCUGAUGUAACCCCUGCCUCCAACCAUCCCUGUUACCUCAUAUUUCCCCCAACAAAAUAGCACGACCAAAUUCAAAAGAGCACUGUUAAAAAAAAGUGUGUGUUUGUGUGUGUCUGAUGGAUCUUUUUUUUUUUUUUAAACACAGAAAGAAUACAAAUUUAAUAUUUUACAAGCUUUCAUCUAAAUUAUAACCAGAAAUGUUUGAGAAGCAAUAAUAAUAAUAAUAAUAAACAUUUUUAAUUUCUUACAUAUAGAUUUACAACUAAUCAAAACAGUUAAAUAUAGACCCCCUCCCAUAUGCAGAUUAUAUGCAGAGUACAAUACAGAGUUCACACAUCACCAGCAGAGAUAUAUUACAGCGUAUUAACUCAGACAUAAAGAUGUACUUUGAGUACUUAAUUUUUCAUGUUUUUCUUAGUAAUUGGUGUUUGAAAUGUUAAAUACAAACAUUAAUGAUCCUCAUCCAAAGCAAACGUGUAAAGUCUUUUUUUUAAAGAAAUUACACAACAGCUAUAACAUAUGGGUAUUAAAUAAUAAUUUCAUGUUUAUAAUUUUUGUGACAGUUUUUUCAUCAUUUUACUCCUUUACUGUCUUUCACACACACAAACACACACACACAGUUAGAGGUGAAGGCCUGCAGGGGGAACCCACUUUUUUUUUCCCUUAGUUCUUUCUACUUCAAAUGUGGACAACACAAGUGCUCGACGUAAACACUGUUUAAUCUGUGUGCAUUGAUAUGGGCUGAACCGGUCUGCAUCUCUAACAAAGACAAGUUGGAGGAGCCCCCCCCACCACCCUCACCCCCACCAAGACCCCCCACCCCCUGAACCAAAGGAAAACUGUCCAUAGACCUUCCAUAGCCUUCUCUACAAGCCUCUCCACUGCUUAUCUGUCCAUCAGUCAGACUCAGAAACAUUACUUUAUAUCAUUUAAAUUUACAUUAAAGUUAAUUUUCAUUCUCUUCUUCUGCAAAAUGAUUAUCACAGCAGUAGCAUUUCUGAGUCUGACUUCAGGACAAGCAAGCCUGACAUGCGAGGAUGUGUGUAUAGUGACUUGACUGUGAAAGAAAACUGUACAUAUUGUUUAAAACAAGAAAAGAAAAAAAGAGGCAAAAAUAAGUGAAAAAGGAUGAUUAUCAAAACAAGGUUGUGUAUAUUUCAAGAGACCAUGUUUUGAUAAAUUUGCACUCAGUGUAGUGUUUAAUGACCCUGUGUAGAAUUCCACUUGUGUUUAUGAAUGAUUAGCUUUUUAGAUAAUUAUUUAUGUCAAAGGUUUUUCCCCCUGAGGAAAUGAGUGAAGGACAGUUUUUUUCAUAUUAAGUGAUUGUAAGUUUCCUGGUUUAAUAAUGCUAAUUUGAAUAAAUUACAUUGAUGAAAUGAGUUAUUGUUUCAGAUUCCUUUAGGACUCACAUCCUGUGAACCAGGAAAAAAAUAAACAAUGAGAAAUAAAAUA